AUGGUUGGUCCGCUCACCCUUGCAGCCUGGAAUGUUGGUUCCCUUUUAGACCAUCCCAGGAGCAACCGGCCGGAAAGCAGAAGGACUUCGGUCGUUCGUGAACUGGCACGAUACAACGUGGACAUCGCUGCACUCAGCGAGGUAUGCUUCUUCGAACAAGGUCAACUGGAAGAAGUAGGUGCCGGCUACGCCUUCUCCUGGAGCGGUCGUCCCAAGGCAUAGCGACGAGAUGCGAGUGUCGCCCUAGUCAUUCGGAACGACAUCGUGAGACGAUUGUCCUGUCUGUCGCAGGACGUCAACAAUCGCCUGAUUAGCCUCCACCAGCCUCUCCUAGGAGGCAAAUUCACCACGGUCAUCAGCGUCUACGCUUCCCCGAUGACCAGCCCUGACACUGUAAGGAACAAAUUCUAUGAGGAUCUGCACGCCCUCAUAGCGCCUACGUCAAAGGCGAGCAAGCUGGUUGCCCUUGGCGACUUUAGUGCCCGCGUCGCGACAGACUGCGCUGCCUGGAGAGGCGCGCUAUGUCCCUGUGGUCUCGACGGCUCCAAUGAUAAUGGCCUGCUCCUCCCACGAACCUGCGCAGAACACCGGCUCCUCCUGACCAACACCUACUUUCGUCUCCCAAUGCGAGAGAAGGCCACGCAAAUAUUGCUUUGUUGUCUUGGCCUGUCCAUCACCUCUAUUUCAGCAAUGAGAUAA